CAGGCCCGGCGGAACGGAGCUCAGCUCCAGGGCGCUCGGCUUGGGGACAGGGGUACGUCGGGCCCUGCCUGGCCCGGCCUGUCCGUGCCAAGAUGAAUGGGCCGGCGUUGCCAGGUCCGGGCGGAAGCGAGCAUCUCCGGCCCGGUCGGCCAAGCACGCUGGCACUCGGCCUGGCGCCCGUCCCGGCCUGCUGGUCUCCUGGGGCAGGGGAGAGCAAGCUGGGGUCCGCACUUCCACUGGAGCAUACGGGGAGCUUCACGGACCCUUCCCCAGGUUACAGAUCAUAGAUGGUGGAUCGGUAACAGAAAGCAAGCCAGAAUGGACAUUUACGACACUCAAACCUUGGGGGUUGUAGUCUUUGGUGGAUUCAUGGUUGUUUCCGCCAUUGGCAUCUUCCUGGUGUCAACCUUCUCCAUGAAGGAGACAUCAUAUGAAGAAGCUCUGGCCAAUCAGCGCAAAGAAAUGGCAAAAACUCAUCACCAGAAAGUGGAGAAGAAAAAGAAGGAGAAAACAGUAGAGAAAAAAGGAAAGACCAAGAAAAAGGAAGAGAAACCCAAUGGGAAGAUACCUGACCAUGAGCCAGCCCCCAACAUGACCAUCCUCAAAGACCCAGUGAGGGCACCUGCAAUGGCUGUGGCUCCAACCCCAGUCCAUCCCUCUGUGGUCAUAACCCCUAUAGCCACAGUGCCAGCCAUGCCCCAAGAGAAGCUGGCCUCCUUCCCUAAGGACAAAAAGAAGAAGGAGAAAAAAGUAGCAAAGGUGGAACCAGCAGUCAGUUCUGUAGUGAAUUCUAUCCAGGUUCUUGCCUCAAAGGCUGCCAUCUUGGAAACUGCUCCUAAGGAGGUGCCUAUGGUGGUUGUGCCCCCAGUGGGAGCCAAGUCCAGUACCUCAGCCACAAGUACUGUGCAGAACAAAAAGGCAGAGGGGUCCCAGAACCAGGGAAAAAAGGCAGAAGGGACCCUGAACCAGAGCAAAAGGGUAGAGGGAACUUCCAGCCAGGGCAGAAAGGCAGAGGGAACUCCCAACCAGGGCAAAAAGGCAGAAGGGGCCCAAAAUCAGGGCAAAAAGGUAGAAGGGGUGUCAAACCAGGGCAAAAAGGCAGAGGGGACCCAGAACCAGGGCAAAAAGGCAGAGGGGACCCAGAACCAGAGCAAAAAGUCAGAGGCGGGCCAGAACCAGGGCAAAAAGGCAGAAGGGACCCCCAACCAGGGCAAAAAAGUGGAGGGGAUCCAGAAUCAAGGUAGAAAAGCAGAAGGGGCCCCCAGCCAGGGCAAAAAAGAGGAGGGGACCCCAAACCAGGGCAAAAAGGCAGAGGGGAGCCCCAAUCAGGGCAAAAAGGUAGAAAUUGUUCAAAAUCAGAACAAAAAGGUGGAGGGAACCCCCAACCAGGGUAGAAAGUCAGAGGGGGCUCAGAACCAGGGCAAAAAGGCAGAGGGGGCCCAGAACCAGGGCAAAAAGGCAGAAGGGGCCCCCAACCAGGGCAAAAAGGCGGAGGGCACCUCCAACCAGGGUAAAAAAGCAGAGGGGGCCCCCAACCAGGGCAAAAAGGCAGAGGGGGCUCAGAAUCAGGGCAAAAAGGCAGAGGGGGCCCAGAACCAGGGCAAAAAGGCAGAAGGGACCCCCAACCAGGGCAAAAAGGCAGAGGGGGCUCAGAAUCAGGGCAAAAAGGCAGAGGGGCCUCCCAACCAGGGCAAAAAGGCAGAGGGGGCUCAGAACCAAGGCAAAAAGGCAGAGGGCACUCCCAACCAGGGCAAAAAGGCAGAGGGGGCUCAGAACCAGGGCAAAAAGGCGGAGGGGGCUCAGAACCAGGGCAAAAAGGUGGAGGGGGCUCAGAAUCAGGGCAAAAAGGCAGAGGGGGCUCAGAACCAGGGCAAGAAGGUGGAGGGGGCUCAGAACCAGGGCAAAAAGAUGGAGGGGACCCAGAACCAAGGCAAAAAGCCUGAGGGGGCUCUCAACCAGGGCAAAAAGGUGGAUGAGGCCCAGAAUCAGGGCAAAAAGGCAGACGGGGCCCAGAAUCAGGGCAAAAAAGUUGAGGGGGCUCAGAAUCAGGGCAAAAAGGCAGAUUUAGUUGCUAAUCAGGGCACAAAGGCAGAAAGUAUUGCAAACCAGGGGAAAAAAGCAGAGAGAGCCCCUAAUCAAGGCAAGAAGGCAGAGGGAACUCCAAAUCAGGGCAAAAAGUCAGAAGGGUCCCCCAACCAGGGCAAAAAGGUGGAUGCAUCUGCCAAUCAGAGUAAAAAGUCAGAGUCAACUCCUAGCCAGAGCAAAAAUGCAGAUAUGGUUCAGAGCCAGGAGGCACCAAAGCAAGAAGUUCCAGCAAAGAAGAAGUCUGGUUCAAAGAAGAAAGGUGAACCUGGGCCCCCGGACACUGACAGUCCUCUCUACCUCCCCUACAAGACGCUGGUCUCCACAGUUGGAAGCAUGGUGUUCAACGAGGGUGAGGCCCAGCGGCUCAUUGAGAUCCUGUCUGAGAAGGCUGGUGUCAUUCAGGAUACUUGGCAUAAGGCCACUCAGAAGGGUGACCCUGUGGCAAUUCUGAAACGCCAGCUGGAAGAGAAGGAAAAGCUGCUGGCUACAGAGCAGGAAGAUGCAGCUGUUGCCAAGAGCAAACUAAGGGAACUCAAUAAGGAGCUGGCAGCAGAAAAGGCCAAGGCAGCAGCUGGGGAGGCCAAAGUGAAAAAGCAGCUGGUAGCCAGGGAGCAGGAGAUCACGGCCGUGCAGGCCCGAAUGCAGGCUAGCUACCGGGAGCAUGUGAAGGAGGUUCAACAGCUGCAGGGCAAGAUCCGGACUCUUCAGGAGCAGCUGGAAAAUGGCCCUAACACACAGCUGGCCCGUCUGCAGCAGGAGAACUCCAUCCUGAGGGACGCCUUGAACCAAGCCACAAGCCAGGUGGAGAGCAAGCAGAAUGCAGAGUUGGCCAAGCUCCGGCAGGAGCUCAGCAAGGUCAGCAAGGAGCUGGUGGAGAAGUCAGAGGCAUCACGGCAGGAGGAACAGCAGCGGAAGGCUCUGGAGGCCAAAGCAGCCACCUUCGAGAAGCAGGUUCUACAGCUGCAGAUGUCUCACAAGGAGAGUGAAGAGGCCCUGCAGAAGCGCCUGGAUGAGGUCAGCCGGGAGCUCUGUCGCUCGCAGACCAGCCAUGCCAGCCUUCGAGCAGAUGCCGAGAAGGCCCAGGAACAGCAGCAGCAGCUGGCCGAGCUGCACAGCAAGUUACAGUCCUCUGAGGCGGAGGUAAAGAGCAAGUGCGAGGAGCUGAUUGGUCUACACGGACAGCUCAAGGAGUCCAGAGCGGAGAACUCACAGCUCACAGAGCGGAUCCAGUCCAUUGAGGCCCUGCUGGAGGCAGGCCAGGCCCGGGAAGUCCAGGGUUCCCAGGCCAGCCAAGGGGAGGCUGACCAGCAGCAGGCACGCUUCAAGGAGCUGGAGUCCCAGCUGUGGUGUCUGGAAAAGGAGGCCACUGAGCUCAGGGAGGCAGUUGAGCAGCAGAAAGUGAAGAACAACGACCUCCGAGAGAAGAACUGGAAGGCGAUGGAGGCACUGGCCUCAGCUGAGAGAGCCUUCGAGGAAAAGCUUCGUUCCCUUACCCAGGCCAAGGAGGUAUCGGAAAAGCAGCUCAGCCUGAUGGAGGCACAGACCAAGGAGGCCCUGCUGGCCAUGUUCCCAGCCCUCUCUGAUUCAACCCACCAGAAUUAUACCGAGUGGCUCCGGGAACUCAGAGAGAAAGGCCCAGAACUGCUCAAGCAACCGGCAGUGAACACAGAGCCCCUCUUGGAUCUGGCCUCCAAGCUGAGGGAGUCUGAGGAGAUCCAGAGUACCCUGCAGUCUGAGUGUGACCAAUACCGCACCAUUCUGGCUGAGACAGAGGGCAUGCUCAGAAACCUUCAGAAGAGUGUGGAGCAGGAGGAGCAGGUAUGGAAGGCCAAAGUCAGCACCACGGAGGAGGAGCUUCAGAAGUCACGGGCCAUGGUGAAACAUCUUGAAGAGAUUGUAGAGAAACUAAAAGGAGAACUUGAAAGUUCAGAUCAGGUGAAGGAGCAUACCUCACAUCUGGAGGCAGAGCUGGAGAAGCACAUGGCAGCCGCUAGUGCUGAGUGCCAGAGCUAUGCCAAAGAGGUGGCAGGGUUGAGGCAGCUUUUAUUAGAAUCUCAAUCUCAACUGGAUGCAGCCAAAAGUGAAGCCCAGAAGCAGAGUAAUGAGCUCGCCCUGGUCAGGCAGCAGUUGAGUGAGAUGAAGAGCCACGUAGAGGAUGGUGACGUAGCUGGGUCUCCGGCUUCCCCCCCAGAUCCCCCCCAAGCAGAGCAGGACCCUGUCGAGGUUAGGGCGCUGAAAAUACAGUUGGAGCAUACAGAAGCCAUCCUGGAGGACGAGCAGAUGCAGCGGCAGAAGCUCAUGACUGAGUUUGAGGAGGCUCAGAACGCGGCGUGUCAGCUACAGGAGGAGCUGGAGAAACUCCGCACCAGCCCCCUUGAGUCUGCAGAAGCAAACAUGGUCACACAGCUAAAGGAGAGACUAGAAAAAGAGAAGAAGUUAACGAGUGACCUGGGACGUGCUGCCACCAAAUUACAGGAGCUUUUGAAGAUGACCCAGGAACAGCUGGCAAAGGAGAAAGAUACAGUGAAGUUGUUGCAGGAGCAGCUGGACAAAAUAGAGGAUGGUAGCAGCUCAAAGGAGGGCACCUCUGUCUGAGUCUCCUCUGCAGAAAAAGAAGUUACUGUUCAACUUACCAAAAUGCCUUAUACAUUCCUUACAAAUAAACCGACACAGCGUUGUCCAGGCCCAACUCUGGUGGCUCUGAGAGAAGACAUGAGAGACUUGAGUCUCUUAGAACCACAGAAGUAGAUCUUCCAGACAGACCCCCAGUUUGUAAAAGAACCUUUGUCACAUUCAAUAAACACUAUUCCCCAUGACCAGCCCUGGACCACCACAGAGCAGACGCCAAAGCCCUUACCAGCUGUGACAGACCCCAGGCUGUGUGCUGGGGAGGCCGGGACCUCUAGCUAUCUGUAUGUCGAUCAGUGCAAUUGUUUUGUCUUUCAGUGGGUCGGGAGGCGGGCGGACCAGGUGGUGAGUCUCAAAGGCUGUGGCACAGACUGGAGGGGCCCAGCCCAGCCCAGCAAAGCCACAGCCCCUCACCCCUCCCAACCAGAACUGGUGUGUGACCUCCUGGAUGUUAAUGCCAUUAAAACCAACAUUGUCGCCCGGCA